AUGAAUGAUUUUCAGCAAGAAAAAGAAAAAUUAACUGCGGCACUUAGCAACUUAAAAGUAUCUAAUGAUAUUGAAAAAGCUAACGCAGAUUUAAAAAAGCAUAUUGGCGCUCCCGGUAUGGGAAAAACAACUUUUGUCCAAAAUUUGGCUAAUGCUAUGGGUCGAGAUUGCCAGUCAAUACCUUUGGCUGGCUUCAAGGAAUCCGGAGAAUAUUCUAUUUUAGGUGAUGAAAAAAAACCUAGUCUAGUCGCUUGGGCGAUUAAAAAACAGAGUUCCAAAAAUCCUGUCAUUUUGUUGGAUGAGUUAGAAAAAGUUGAGGAUAAAGAAAUUCAAAAACAUUUAAUUCAACUUUUUAAGGAUUAUAAGAAAGGAAAAAAAUUUACGGAUAAAUACUACCAAACCGAGAUAGAUUUAAGCCACAUUACUUUUUUUGCCACGGUAAAUUAUAUUGAUGAUUUAGACAUGGAACUAAAAAAGGAAAUUGACAUAACUGAGUUACCAGAUUUCACCGACCAAGAAAAAGAAGAUAUUUUAAAAAUGAAAGCGAAAGAGAUUAAUGAUAAAUACUCAGGAAAAAAAGGUGGCAUUAUAAGCGAGGAAAUUAUCAAAGAAAUACUUCAAAGAAUUAAAGAAGUAGGAAUAAGGCAAGCCGAACGAGCCUUAUAUAAGGUUGAACAAGAAUAUAUUUAUACCAAAAGUAAGGGCGAAAAGUUUACCGCUACCGAAAAUCCCCAGGAAUGA